AUGCUGACGCCGCGCUCGCGGUCCAAGAAGAAGGCGGCGUCGUCGUCACGCAAGCCGCCCCCGGCGCUCCCGCUGCCGGUCACUCCCACGGGGGGCGGCGCCACAACCACCGCCGGAUUGCUGCCGCCGCCGUCCGCCGGCUUCUCGUCGCAGUCGUCUCCGCCCCCGCGACAGACGCAGCAGCGCAGGCUGCGUUUCGCCCUCGCCAAAGAGAGAAAGGCGUCGACGACGCUGGGCAUCAUCAUGAGCGCCUUCACCUUCUGCUGGCUGCCCUUCUUCGUGCUGGCGCUGGUGCGGCCGUUCACCGACAUCCCGCCCUCGCUGUCGUCGCUGUUCCUCUGGCUGGGAUACGCCAACUCGCUUUUCAACCCCAUCAUCUAUGCGACGCUGAACCGCGACUUCCGCAAGCCCUUCCAGCAGAUCCUGUACUUCCGCUGCAGCUCACUCAACCACAUGAUGCGCGAGGAGUUCUACCACUCGCAGUACGGCGACCCGGACCACCACCAGUACUACGUCAUCAACACGGCGGCGGCUGCCACGGGUGCCGGCUGCAGCGGCGGCGGGGGCGGCGGUCUCGGCGGGGGCGGCAUCGGGGGCCGCCCGCAGUCGGCAGCGUCGGGGGCGGCGCCGUCGUUAGACUACCGCGAGGACGACGAGCGGCUGUCGGCGGCCGGAGAAGGCCCGCCCCAGUCGGCAGGGGGCCUCGUCGUCGACGACGACGACGAUGAUGACGACGACGACGAGGAGCGCGACGCCACCACGGCGCUGGCCGACGAGUCUUUCCUGUGAUACGAGGAGCACCGCUUCUGAGCCCGAGAAGCGCAUGCGCCGGCGCCACGGCCGGCCGGUCCCGAAGAGGACGCCCAAACUGCCUCAAUAGACUGACUGCACUAUAGGACAAUCCGCGAUUCGGAACAGACCUGCUGCCCAACCCAUACACUGACUACAAAGACUAGUACGUGCCACGCGGUCAGAGAAACGUUCAAAGCCACCAGGUGUGCUUGUAAAGUCUUGGGUAGUGUCGUGAUAAAUUUUUAGAAGGAACUGUGCUGUCACAUAAAUGGUUUCAUCUGAUUUGUGGUGUGUCUACAGUUUUAACGUCCAGUACUACAAAAAUUAUGGUUGAUCGUUCAUCUCGACUCUCCUAAGUCGUACCUACACUUACUGUUAGUGUUAGUUUCUGAGCUCUGGUACAUGAACAGUCGCGAGAUAAAUCGUCAUUUUUCUGUUUACGGAAGACUACGUGAAAUGCAGGCUCCCAUCAGGUCGCGAGAAGCUACGCACGUUGAAGGGAACAUGGGAUGCAGGUCUCUAGUUAGGAGGGGGGCAGCAAGUAAUCGCUCGAAGAAACAGUGGGUCAUUAGUUCUUGAACAGCUUAAGCAAUAAGCCAAAAGGAAAUGGUACACCAAUAUCUAGUUUCUGUAAGAAGAGCUCUAAAUUUCAUGCAAAGGACAUUUUGUCUCAUAAUGGACGAUGCCUUAGCUGAAGGAAAAGAUUGUGUCUGAUACUACCAAAGAACAUUUUCGAUACAGCUGUAAAGCGAAAAGAAAAGAAAAUAUUGCCUGUACUCAAAUAUCAAUAAUUUUUCUCUAGGCUGACGUAACACCGCAAGUGUGUAGAAGGCUGUAGCUACAAGUGAUCCCUGAACCAUAAAUCCUACAUGUUUACUCACUGAAGUAGAUAAAUCUGAAAGCAAAUUGCAGGACAAUCAACGAAAAUUAUUUAGUACAUUUUUUUGUAAAAGUCUCCGAACUGUACUGCGUACUUAACCUACCGCUGUGGACGGGGUAGCUCGUCCUUUUGUGACGUCAGUGUCAACGAAAUCGUAAACGUGCUUGACACUUCUGGACCUCACUGAAGCGCACAUCUUUGGCUGCAGCUUAUUUACGUCACGCCAACAACAAAUUCUUCUGUAGCUAAUUUUCAUUCCGUGUGUAGCUUCCCUUACAUCAAAACGUUGCGAAGUACCAAGAAAUUAUAUAAUCGUAACGUUAUCAAUCACAUUAAAAUAUUUUCUUUCCGGCAAAAAGCUAUACUCUAGGAUUCGUGAAGGAAUGACGAACUAAGACUGAUACAUUACUGUUAUUUGGAAUGAACCUUCUAAAUGUUCUGAACUAUUGCAGUCUGGUUGUACGAGCCAGGUAAAUACAUAUUCAGUUUCAAAAAAGCGGUUUUCAUGUGCUGCAUUUUAAUAACGUAUGAAAAACCUGUUUCUUUUCGUUUUUGUCACACAUAAUUUAUUACUGCUUUUAGUUAUCGUCGAAAGUUAUUCGUGUUAGGUGUGAGAAAUGCAAAUUUGAUUGGGAACAAGAGUGAUGACAUACCAUGAUAAACGGAUAAGUGAGAAUUGUAAAUUGUUCUCCUGAAGGGAGAAAAUUAAAGAAAAAUACAGACACGAGUAAUUGCGAAUUAUUAAUGUGGAUGCUAAACACGAAAGCUUUAAUUUAAUUUUCGCCCCGUCUGUUUCACCCAUUUACAUGCAUAUUUAAGAUGAAUUAUGUGUACGAUUCGUCACAUAUAUUGUAUUAGCGGAAGAAGGUAGAGCCGUAACUGUUUUGCAAUGAAAGCUACGGAAUCGUGUAUUUAGUGAUGUGAAAUGAACGAUGAGUUGAGGUGUUCCCGUUGUGUUGUGAGUACUCUUCCAGACCCACAUCCUGUGACAUAACUGUCGUAAGCUAACUCUGUCUCUCUUCUACUAGAAAUACGCAUUAUUUUAAAGCGACGAGCGUCCUUUUCGAAUGGAAGAAAACCUUCGGGACGUAUUGCUUAGAUGAUUAAUUACGUAAACUGACCAACAGGAUACUGGGGCGUGGGUGGGAUUCUGGGUGAUUCUUAAAAGCGUAUGAGAAUGACGUUUAAGUACAUGUAAAAUUAACGAGUUAUAUGUAUCAUAAGCAAUACUAUGAACGUGAUUUCCCGUAUUUUGCUAUCGUAACUCUUUCUACUGAGGCAUUCAAGUUUUGGGUCCUCGUGUGUAAUACCUCCUGUCUUUCACGAAACACGAAGAGAUUAUUCGUCAAUGCCGAUUCAUCUUGCCUACACUCAGAUUUCUCCUACAAAAAAACCAAAGAAUGUUACUUGUAUAUAUUAGUGUAAAAUAGAGAUAAACUCUUUAUAUGGUGUUUUCUAUAAUUUCAAUCAGUGUUUUCGUCAAAUGAAUCAUUUAUUUUAUUUAUUGCUACAAUAAAUUCCCGAAUCGUUACUGUAAUAUGAAUGUGUGAUGAGCACUCGAUGGAAAUAGAAGUAAAUAUCCUGUUUUCGUCUGUGAAAAGUAUA